AUGAUUUCUUUAUUUCAAGGUUUAGUAUUGGCAUUCAUAUUUGGUGUAAUUACUAAUGGUACCCCUGUUGAGAAGAGACACACCAAAUACAUUGCUCAUGAAUUUCAUGAUACUGAGGUUCGCCUGAUUGGGAAAAGAGCUGAAAAUGUUGAUUUUGAAGACAAGGCGUGGCGUUUCGUUGCUCAUUUGAAAAUUGGUUCUGCCAAACAAGACGUACAGGUUCUUCUUGAUACAGCAAGUACAGUUUUGAAUGUUCCCCAAACAAAUUCAACCUGUCGGGAAGGUAAAAUUUGUGCAGCUCAAAACAGUUUCAACCCUUUUGAAUCGACUUCAUUCAAAAACCUGACUAUUCCAGCUAAAUCGUAUUUUGGUCCCAAUCAAUAUACUGGGUUUAUUGUUUCUGACGAUUUCUAUUUUGAUGACGGUAAAAGAAUUCCACAGUUUGAAUUUCAAUUAUUGGAUUCAUAUCCCCGUGACGUUUUUGGUAUAUUCGGUAUGGGGUACAGCACCAACAACAAUUAUACCUACGUAUUGGCUACUAAAUCAGCUGGUUUAAUCAAUAAUGCCGGAUUUUCUCUCUUUAAAAACUCGGACAAAAAUGGGUCUUUCCUUUUGGGAGGUGUGGAUAAAGCCAAAUAUGAUGGUGAUUUGCUCAUUUUCAAUGAUUCCAAAGAAGCCAUGUACCCAAAGUCAAUUAUAACUGCGAAUGGUACAGUUAUUCCAUUCACAUAUAAAGUUUUGCAUGACUCGGGGACUCCCACUAUGGAGUUGUUGGAUACCGUUGUGCAAAAGUUUUACAAGGAUAUUGGAGCCAAUGACAAGGGCCAUAUACCAUGUGACCAAGUAUUGAAUGGUAACAAGAGUUUGAAUUUCGAUUUCGGACCAUUUACCAUACCCGUUUAUUACAAAGAUAUUUUUAACAGGUCUGGUUCAACUUGUAUUUCAAAUAUACUUGCAACAAAGUUUCCUGAUAGACAAUAUCUUGGAGUCGUGUUCCUCAGAAAUGCCUACCUUGCUCAGAAUUUUGAUACUAAAAAGGUUGGUUUGGCGCCGGUGAAGUAUACUGAUGAGUCCGAUAUUGUUGAUUUUUGGUUUUGA